AUGAGUAUCUCUGAGUCGUAUGGUAUCCGAGUUUCAAGCGGCCUCGAUGAGGUCAAUGACAUGCAUGUCGCACAUCACUUGGACAAGAGUCUAGUUUUGGCCCCUACCGACGUCGGAGUUCUGACUUUCUGCCUACAAUGCAAAUCAAAUGAAACAUCUCUCGUACUGAAGGACGACUCCAUGUCAGACUUUUUAUCUGUCAUUGGUCCAAGCGGCCGUGGGCCGUAUCAGUUGCAGACUUCGCCUGAAACUAGCCCAUUUGGCAUUGGUUCAAUGGUUUAUCAUGACUUUUGUAUGAAGGGUCUUGGUGAUGGCACUGGGGGCCAUACUCUGGAAAUUGCCGAUGAGGACAUAAAUGAAGGACACUGGAUGGCAUGGAAAGACCCAGAAGGCGAUGGCGAAUGGUCAGUAUAUUGGGUGACGCCUCUACCCUUCAACAUGGGUGAUUUGCCUGGAGCCGUCCCUAUCCAGUUAAUUCUUGAUAACAAGGCCUAA